GAUUCGUGUGAACGAGACUGUAGAAGUGGACUAUAUUGCAAGAUCCCCUACACGAAUAAGUGGCUGCUAGCGGGUGUGAGAAACUACGGCUCAGAAACUGAGUGCAAACCGGGUACUGGAAUAUACACUUCAACACUUAAAAGCAAUGAAUGGCUGUGGUCAACGAUGAAGAGAUGGGCUUCUUAUAUGUCGCUCCUGAAUGGGUAG